UAUCCCCUCUUUCUCUCUGUCUCCACUCUCCACUCUCCACUCUCCACUCUCCACUCUCCACCAUGGCUUCCUCCAUCCAACACCACCUCUUUAUACUCCUCUCCCUCAUCGCCACCGCUUCAGCCGCCACCUCUUUCCAACCCAAGGGUCUACUCCUUCCUCUCACAAAGGAAGCUUCCACCCUCCAAUACAUAGUCAAAACUACCCAAAGAACACCUUCUAAAUCCGUACUCUUAACACUCAGUCUUGGUUCUCCAUUCUUAUGGCAAGAUUGUGAUAGAGGCUAUGUCUCCUCCACUUACCGUCCAGCUCGUUGCAACUCCGCUCAAUGUACUCUAGCGGAGUCUAUAGCCUGCGGUACUUGUAACUCACCCCGUAGACCCGGGUGUAACAACAACACCUGCGGCCUCUUCCCUGAAAAUCCCUUCACCAACACCGCUACUGGUGGUGAACUCGCCUCGGAUGUGGUACGAAUCAACUCCACCGACGGUUCAAACCUCGGUAGAGUUGUUACUGUACCAAACUUCCUAUUCAAUUGUGCACCAACCUUCUUGCUAAAAGGCCUAGCAAAGGGUGUUCAAGGGAUUGCCGGGUUUGGGAUGAGUAAAAUCUCUAUCCCAUCUCAACUUACCUCCACUUUUAAUUUACCUAACAAGUUUGCUCUUUGCUUAACAUCGGACGUCACAAGUGUAGGCGUCAUCUUCUUCGGAAACGGACCUUACAGACUCUACCCUGGUGAACUCUAUGUCCCAUCCUCUCUACAAUACACACCUAUUUUGACUAACCCCAACGCCUCUUCCGAAUACUAUAUCGGUGUCAAUUCCAUUAAAAUCGGCAACAGUGAAGUGCCCAUCAACAAAGCCUUAUUAUCCAUAAACAACCAAGGAAAUGGUGGAACAAAGAUCAGUACAAUCCACCCUUACACAAUCAUGGAAAGCUCUAUCUACAAAGCAGUGACUUCCUACUUCGACGUUCAACUCAAGAAAUUUUAUCAGGAUAGAAACUAUCCAAACGCUACACGGAUCAACGCAGUUGCACCGUUUGGACUCUGCUACGAUGGGAACACCAUAAGAUCUACGAGGGUAGGACUCGAGGUCCCUAACAUCGAACUAGUGUUGCAGAACGACAAGGUGGUUUGGACUCUUUUUGCAUCGAAUUCAAUGGUUAGGGGACUGAAGGCGAACCCAAAUGCGGUAUGUCUUGCAAUUGUUGAUGGAGGGAAGAACCCAGCGACAUCAAUUGUGUUAGGAGGAUAUCAGUUGGAAGAUAAUCUGCUGGAGUUUGAUGUUGCCAAAUCUAGGCUUGGUUUUAGGUAUUUAGUGAAUGAUAUGACUAGAUGUUCAUGUUGCGAUUAAAGCGAAAAUUAGAACAAACUUAUCUGAUUCGAUGAA